AGCAGUAGGAUGUCAGCAAUUAGCAAGACUUUUGGGUUUCAGUUCCACCUUGUUCUAAAGCAGCUAAUUACAUAACACACUCAUUCUGCUUUAGCAGCAUUCAUUGUAAUGUCUUCUAUUAUCCAACCAAAUCUUACACUCUCUUCUGAUAUGAAAUAUUCUUGCAGCCCCCUAAAAAUCAUUGCAGGUUCAGUCAUAACAAUCUACUUGACCUUCAUUCUUUUUCUUUCAAAUAAUGAGUUGAACUUUUUGCCUUCUAACCUUCUCUCCCCUCUACUUGUCAAAUUGCCAUCUUCAAUAAGCUCAAGACCCUCUGAAAACUCUCCUACUGAAAUCAAGCAUCUCAUGUUUGGACUUCUUGGCUCUGCAAAAGCCUGGGAACAUCGAUAUUCCUACAUCGAAUCCUGGUGGCGGCCAAACAUUACUCGAGGCUACCUCUACCUUGACAAAAACCCGUCACCUGAAUUUCACCCUUGGCCUAAAUCUUCUCCUCCCCUUAAAAUCUCCGACGACAUCUCUAAACUUUUGCGUGAAACAAAGCACGUUGCUCCUGUAAUGGUACGUAUGGUUCAUGCAAUUUACGAGAUAUUUAGAGAGGAUCAUGAAGGCGUUAGAUGGUUUGUUAUGGGAGAUGAUGAUUCUAUAUUUUUUGUGGAUAAUUGGGUGGAUGUACUUGGGAGAUAUGAUCACACCAAGUAUUUUUACAUAGGAGGUCAAUCGGAGACUAUCUUGUCGAAUUAUUAUUACUCUUUUAACCAAGGGUUUGGUGGAGCUGGAUUUGCUUUAAGUUAUCCUUUGGCGAAAGCAUUAGCAAACAACAUGGAGGGUUGUUUGAGGAGGUAUCCUUAUCUGAAUAGCGCAGAUUUGAUUACAAUGUCUUGCAUAGCUGAUCUUGGAGUGUCUCAUACUGCACAGAAGGGUAUUCACCAGAUUGAUCUUAAGAACAACAUAUCCGGGUUCUUAUCCUCUCAUCCGCAAGCCCCAUUGCUAUCCCUGCACCAUUUUGACAGUGUAGAUCCUAUUUUCCCCUCCAAAACUAGAUCCGAUUCAACAAAUCAUCUCAUGAAAGCCGCGAAUUUCGACCAAACGCGAUUACUGCAACAAACUAUCUGCUACAACAGGAACACCAAAUGGUCUUUUUCAAUUUCCUGGGGCUACUCUGCACAUAUAUACGAAAAGAUCAUCCCUCGAUGUAUUUUGCAGACACCCAUCGAAACAUUUAGGCCAUGGGUGAGUACAAGUCAGAAGCCUCAUUAUAUGUUUAACGUACGACUGGAGUCCGAGGAUUCUUGCGAAUCUCCUCACAUUUUCUACCUUGACGAGGUUAAGAAGAUGAGCCGAAGCAAUGAGAUCGUUACUAGUUAUGUUCGAGCUGCACCGCGAGGCUUGUCAUCAUGUUCGAAUCAUUCUGCAGAUGGUAUUAACAAAAUUAAGGUCUUCUCCCCAGCCACCAAGCUGAUUGAGACGGGAAGAAGUGAAUGCUGCGAGAUUACUAGUAACGUGCACGGCACGGACAUGGCGGAAAUCAAGAUCAGGCCAUGCAUGAUGGAUGAAGUAAUAGCUUGACUAGUUUUUUUUUUUUUGAAAAAAUAAUGGCUUGACUGGUUAAUAAAAUAUUCUAGUGGCGUGUAUGUGCACGUUAAUUAAAAAAUAA